CAGACAUGAAUUAAGAGCAUUUGUCUGCUUGCACUUUUGUUUGUAAUUACAGCUCCACUUGUCUAGGAUCGGUGAGGAUGAAAAGAAGACAGGUUACUGGUUACAGACAGGUUCUUUGAGGAGAGUCAGGUAUUUGUUCUGUAAUUUGUUUUAUCUCCGUUCACUCAACGUUGUGGGAACGAAAGGAGGAAAAAGAGCGCCUUCAGACAGACGGAGCUUUCACACGGUGAGAGUGGAGUGGCGAGUCAUGGGCAUGUGUCACCUGCAGAGGCGAGGAUGGGUAAACUUGAGGAAAACUACGAGAGGAUAAUCCUCAACGUCGGUGGCACGAGGCACGAGACGUACCGUACUACGCUCCGGACGCUGCCGGGAACACGACUAGCCCUGCUCGCCUCAAUUCCGACUUCCUCCCUCUGUGGCUCUGGUUCUGGAUCAGAAGCCGAAUCGACACUGCUGGAUCAUCAUCAUCAUCAUUAUCAUCAUCAUGGGCAGGAUCAACAGGUGCGCAUUGGUAAUGAGUACUUUUUUGACCGUCACCCAGGUGUGUUUGCAUAUGUGCUGAAUUACUAUCGCACGGGGAAGCUGCACUGCCCUGCUGAUGUGUGUGGGCCACUGUUUGAGGAGGAACUUGCCUUCUGGGGCAUUGACGAGACGGACGUGGAGCCGUGUUGCUGGAUGACCUACCGCCAACACAGAGAUGCCGAGGAGGCAUUGGACGUCUUCGACAUGAAUGUGAUGGGCAGCGGGAUGGGGACCGACGAGGAUGAGGAGAAUGAUAAAGAGCAGGACAAACAUGAGGUGGGGAACAGAAUAAGGGUUGGAGAGGCAGAGCACACCAGGGGGACAAGUUUGAGCCGCUGGAGGAGGUGGCAACCUGUCAUCUGGAACCUGUUUGAGGACCCGUACUCAUCUCGGGCAGCUCGGUUUGUUGCUUUCGCCUCUUUGUUCUUCAUCAUGGUCUCCAUCACCACCUUCUGCCUGGAGACUCAUGAAGCCUUCAACACCAUCAUCAACAAGACAGAUGCUAUAAGGAAUGAGAGUGUGCUUGACUUGGUGCCUCAGUAUGAGAUUGAGACAGAUCCAGCACUCACAUAUGUUGAGGGUGUCUGCGUCCUCUGGUUCACCUUUGAGUUCCUGGUGCGUGUGACAUUUAGUCCUGAUAAACUGGAAUUCGUCAAAAGUGUCCUGAACAUAAUCGACUUUGUAGCAAUCCUACCAUUUUAUCUUGAAGUUGGACUGAGUGGUUUGUCAUCCAAAGCGGCAAAAGACGUCCUGGGGUUCCUUCGAGUGGUCCGCUUUGUACGGAUUCUGAGAAUCUUCAAGUUGACUCGUCACUUUGUUGGACUGCGGGUUCUCGGGCACACCCUCCGUGCCAGUGUGAAUGAAUUCUUCCUCCUCAUAAUCUUCCUCGCCCUUGGUGUCCUUAUCUUUGCCACCAUGAUCUACUACGCAGAGCGGAUCGGUGCUAAUCCCAAUGACCCGACUGCCAGUGAUCACACCAAAUUCAAAAACAUUCCCAUUGGAUUCUGGUGGGCCGUGGUCACCAUGACGACUCUAGGGUAUGGUGACAUGUACCCUCAGACAUGGUCAGGAAUGCUGGUAGGGGCACUGUGUGCACUAGCAGGUGUGCUAACAAUAGCAAUGCCUGUUCCAGUCAUUGUCAAUAAUUUUGGCAUGUAUUACUCACUAGCCAUGGCUAAGCAGAAGCUACCAAAUAAAAGGAAGAAGCACAUUCCCCAGGUGGUGCAAACUCCAUCUCCAGCCUUCUGCAGGACUGAUCUGAGUUUAGCAUGCAACAGCAACCCUGUCGAUCUGCGUUUGGGACAAAGCCAAGGGCUCGAGCACCACCGAUCAGACCUCAGUGCAGGAAGUGACAUCACAACAACUCCUGAGGAGCAGGUGCCUAUGCAGAAUCGACAUGGUGGAGGAACUUGUUUCCUGUUGGCUGCCAGUGAUUACAGCUGCACUGCUGACUCCGCCCACCGCAAAUCAGGCUUUGAGAAAUCCCGAAGUUUAACCAACAUAGCAGUGACAUCACCAUACAGCUCGCCCUGUCCAAUCAGACGCUUCCACUCGCCGAUUCCAUCAGUCCAAUGAAUCACAGCAUCUGCAUAUUACAGACACUUUCUUUGUGGGCGGGGCUACAUAUAUCUACUUAUUUAUUAUUAAAACUAUUUUAGGCAAUAAAGAAUAGA